CGAGGUCGGCGCUCAAAUGUCAGGCGGUGAAACUUCAGAGCAAAAAACAAAGGCGGAAGACGUAGUCAAAAGGGAGAGCGGAGAUUCGAGAACUGGCAGAUCAAAGAGCGAGACGUUAAGUCCGAGACGCGAAAACGAGAAACAAAGCGAGCUUGGCAACGUGAAAUCAUAAGGAAAAAACAAACGUGAGAAAAUCGAGGCACGAAACAUACAAUAAAUAAUCCAGCAGUUAGAGCCACGCAUAGCGUGUGCUUAAAUGCUGGAUUAAUCACGAGGAAAUGAGAAACCGAAUUGACCCAUGUUCCUCCAGUGCCAAGUGAAGAAAGCUCAGCUGAGAUUUCAAGCAAUGAAUCUGAUGACACCAUUCUUCUAAGUGAUGACAGCCCUACAAGAAAGAGGAGAGCUGAAGAUGAAGCAGGAAUUAUGGUCAAAAAAAUUCUGCAGACUAAACCUGGUGGGGAUGGAAUCAUCAGAGAGUACAACAAAACCAAAUGCUUGUCUGACAGCAACAGGAGAAAGAUGGUCAAUAUUCUUACUGCAGAUAUGACUGAAAAGCACAGCUCAUCUCCACCCAAACAAGUAAGAGAACUGUAUGCUCAAGGAAUCAUUGCCAUGUUUCCAUAUCUUAGGGAUCCAUAUGCAAAGCUUGGAUAUGAACAUUAUUAUGACCCUCAAAGUGGACAAGGGUACUUGUCAUGGAAAAUUAAGAACAUUCAGAGGAACAGUGCACCAUUAGAGACCCGUAGAUGUGUCCCCCAGUCUUUUAGUGGUGGCCCAUCUGCUCAGAGAGAAGCUUCAUCCAGCACAGAAGUUAUCCUAACCGAAGAACAGUAUAGGGAAGCUGUUUCUCUUAUGAUGCAUACUUCAGAGGAGGCGACAGUAAAGGUCAAGAUGAGGGAGACAUUUCAGUAUCGUCGCAAGAUAAUUCAUGACCCAAGCAGAUGCACUGAUGUGCUAACUGAAUUUCCACGUUAUUUGGAUAUCAAGGGCCUGAUUGAGUUGGAUUUUGCUUGUCUUUUUGGUAAAAAGACAGCAGCUAAAUUUUUAGAGAGGUGGCCAACUACAUUCAUGCAGAAAGUCAUUCAGCAGAGCAAGGGGCUUAACUCCUCCCAAGAACUUCAGGACCUGAUUCACUGUGCAGAAUCAGCUGUGGACACUGAAUCAGAUGAAGAUGGAUGGGGUAGUGGUCUUGCUUUGAUUCUUCUUUUACUUCACCUAAUUCCUCCAUCAGCACAAGGUCGCAAGAGACCUGGGAAAAUGUCGGCAUCUCAAGCUGAGAAAUACAUUGUGAUCUUCAAAAAGGCAGGGACUAACAUACAGGAACAUCUUGAUUCAAUUAAGGAGAGCACCCAGCCCUACCUGCUUGCUGUCGGGACAAAGAAAAGCAGCAUUCAUGGAUACUACAUCAUCCUCGACAAAAAAGCCAUACCAUGCAAGUCAGUGAGUGGUCUUGCUGCCUUUGAUGAACUAUUCAAAGCCCACUUUGUGUUUGGUGCCUCGUACAAUAAGGUGCUUCACAACAUGUACACCUUCAUACAAACAACCUUCAAUCAUGACAGAAUAGUACUUGGACCAGGAAAGACGGUUUCUCUCUGUGACUUAAGUGAAAAUGACCAAAUUGCGUCCAAGUUGAAUAUUCCUCCUCAAACAUAUGUUCUCUCAGUUAAAUGGGUGAAGCAUAAUGGAACUGAAUACCGUUCUGGUUUAAUUAUUUGUGGUGAAGUAGACAUUGAUUUGCCAGUGUUUUAUAAAAUCAAAGAUAUUGUUGUUAGAAAUGAAUUUGUGGUACUGGUUGCAUCACCGCUCAAAACUGUUUGCUUUGAUGAUCAUCGUUAUGCCUACAGAAUUGAACCAAGACACUGAAUCCUUGAAAGUGUUCAAUGUCACUGAACUAAUUUAUUACAAACCUUUUGAUAUGCAAAUGUCUUAUGGGUCUGAUAAUUUCUUUUGGUUUGUUGUACCUUACUGCAGUCUUGUUAACACUUAGCUGUCAAUGCAGGUUUUAUUUCAAGAUUUAUGUUUUUAUAUUUUAUCAUUUUAUAUGUAAUUUUAUGACAUGGAACUGUACAUGUUUUAAAUUAGCCAC